AUGGAGAACUCAACCGCGCAGUCCCUCCUCAUCUCCCUGGCCAUCGUCGUCGCCGUCUUCGUCGGGGGCUUCUUUGCCUACCAGCAGGGCAUGCUGGACCCCGUCAUCGAGCAGAUUGGUAUCAUGGUGUUCAAGGCAAAGGCCGAGGCCGAGAAGAAGAAAAGGCAGGCGCAGGGAAUGAAGGCCGGUCAGGACUUUGUCGAUGGUGAGCGAAACCACUCCCCCGCCUUCCUCCCCAGCCUUACAUGGCACUCCCGUGGAAGCGAAUCUCCCCAUGCUGACGAUCUCGCAGACCAGCUCAAGGGCAACAAGCAGGCGGCAGACGUUGCGGGCGGCAUCGGCUCCAUUGGCGGGCUUAAGAAGCAGUUGUAA